UGCUCGCGAAGUUCACCUCCACAUUUCAUCAGAGACCAACUUUCAUCAGGUUCAGAAACCUGGAGUGACACUUCUUUUCCUCUGUCAGAUGCAAACAGUUUACAAAGGAAUCAUGCCAAAGCCUCUUUCUAUUAUCCUUAUAGGUGCAUGUCUAUUUGUCUGUGUAAACGCUCAGAACUCAAACAGGGUGGUGUUAUCUAAAGACUACGGGGUGAAGCUGUGCGGAAGAGAGUUCAUCCGAGCUGUAAUCUUCACCUGUGGCGGGUCCCGUUGGAAAAGGGAUCUGGAUUUUCUUCUGAGCAGAGAAAGUGAUCCUUUUGAGUGGGGCUCCCUCACUGCUGUGUCGGAACCAGCUGGAAUGCUCCCCAGACCUCCAUCCUCAGACCUGAGGAGAGCUGCUGAACCAGCCGUGCCUCCUUUCUCCGUGUCUUUAUUCUCCCUGGUAGACUUGCUAAAGAUGGGGACUGACCAGACGCAGGCAGGUGCUGAGUCCAAUGAGCAGCAACUCAGAGCAAGUUUAAGCAGCCAGCUGGGCGGGGUGGCGUCUCCUCUAGGCUUCAGCCAGGACACAAACACCCCCUGGCUCCACUACGACAGAAGAAAGAGGAACUUCUCCCAUGGCCUGGCAGGCAUAUGUUGUAACGAGGGUUGUACAAAAAACGAUAUUGGACGGCUCUGCUGAGAAUGUGAACAGAACCGAGAGGCAUGGAUGUGUUGAGAUGGAGCGAGCUGAGAGUGGAAGAGUAGAACCAGGGUGGGAGGGCGUGUUCUCUUAAAACAUCACAGGAAAUCAAGCUGCUCUUUUCUCAACCAGUGCAGAAUCUCUGAGUUGUUCUGAAGUAUAUAUGUAGGGCCUUGCUGGGUUCAGAAUUGGGACCCAAUUGCCUUGAUAUAUGGAGAAGGACUCAAAUUAGUUAGGUAAAUUAGAAAUACCAAUUUACGUUUUUCAUUAUUUAUGUUUGUAAUGCACUGUAAACCAAUAAACUGAAUUAAAGAGACUAUAAUGUGUAAGAAUAUAAGGUUCAAUGAAUAAAACAAGUGUAAAACACGAAUAACAAGUGUAAAACAGUAAAAAAAAUACAAUAAA